UGUUGUUACAGUGUUGACAACCAGCUGCCUAUAAAAGCAGGCCGGCUGAGCUGUUCAGUUCAGUUCCAGCUUACUUAUAAAGAACUACAGUACUUGGAUAAAACUCUGUGUCAUCUGAUGUAUCCACCCACUAUUUAAUAGAGGUCAUCUUUAAAAAUCAAACAAACCAGAACUACCUAGCUGGAAGGGCACCAGUGUGUGGGCUCCUCUGCUUUUCAGUCUUUCCAAAAAGCCACGGGCAGAGGGCCAGUUUCAGAUGUGUAGAGAUCUAACCAUCUUGACCAUAAAUGACUGCAAAGGGAGGGCUGUGAAUCGUCAGCGUGAGGUUGGUCCCAAAAGACAAAUCACUGGGAAUCGCCAGAAAAGCUUCUUGCAACCUGCUCUGGGGAAGGAGAAAGGCAUUUGCUAGAAUGUAAUGCAGCCUUUUGACAAAGGAGUUUGCAGCUUGGAAUCCGCUGGACUUUUGGAUGUGUCUUUUGCUCAGGUGGGGGAAAAACAUCCAUGUUGUGCAUUUACUUUUAGUAUAUUUGUGUGUCCUGUUCUGGUAGAGAAACGCAUGCUGACUCUCCAAGGGGGGACCCACUCUGGAUGUUGUUAAUGUUGAUAAUAGAGCUUCUGAUGAACCACAGAGAGAGGUUUCCAAGCUAUUGGUGGGCUUGUGGUGCAUCGUCUGUCCCCCUCCCCCCCACUAAAAAUACAAGGGGAUGCUGAUGUGGAAGAUUCUGAACUGAGUGACAUUUGGGGAACCGAUUUUGUCAGGGUCUUGUCUGCACAGGCAUUGGCAAUCCAGGCAAUCCAGGCACUGUUUUGCUUGCCAUGGAAGUCCCUGAAUGGCACCACUCGGGGUAUUCACUCGACAGCAAAAGCAUCACAAAAAGGAAAGCGGCUCCCCACACGAGGAAAACGUCAAAGGUGAGAUGUGAUGGCUUUGUUUUGGCACCAGAUAAGCAAAUGGUGUGUGAGGGAACUGGGCCCAGGGAUAGAGCCUGUGGAGUUCAUGUCUCCACAAGACACCUACAGAUGAAGAGAGCCUCAGGUGAGGCAGCUUCCACGGGGCAGCUGGCAGGGGAGCCCCUCCUCUCUGCACCACACAUGGCCAUGCAGGCACAUGGGAAGGGCCUGGAAAGUCCAGCCUCUAUGCAGGUGCUCCAAAGGCCGUCCUCAGAAGAUGCAGAAGGCAGGAAGACCAAGGCUCUUUUGUAUAGGCUAGAGGAAAGCAAGCACAGCAUCACGACCCAAGAGGGCGAAACCCACCCAUUUAACUUCCUAGAAUCUGAAAGGAAAAGGGAAAUGACAGUGUGCAGUCGGCCACUGGUUCAAAUAAAUAACUUUGGCAGUCAGGAAAGUUUAGGAAGGGAGGCUGUGAGGGCAGAUAUGACUAGCACUUUCCAGGGGGUAUUGAGGAGGCAGUUAACACGCUCAGAUUCAGAGAGCAGCGCUGAGAACAGGCAAGUGAAUAAGCUGAUGCUGAACUCCCCUGGCGAGGAAACCAAGGCUGGCUUCCUGAGUUCCCUGGAUUCUCCAGAGGAGCCAAGAAAUGGAGAGAUGGAAGGCCCUCCGCUACAAAACCACGGGGAAACAGGAGGCCCACUGAUUGCUCUUCCCAGUGGGCAAAGUGGAGUCCACCUGCAGAUGGCGAGCUGUGCCUCUUGGCCUGAGAGAGCAGCAAUCGGCUGCAGUCAUGUUACCCUGACUGGUGGUGGAGAAGAGGCAAGGGAGGUUCGUGGGAGCGAUAAGGGAGCCAAGGACCUUGAGAUAAAGUUGCUGGCAGCUUCAAACCUUGCUUUGGUUUGGGGGGAGGCUGAAAGGCAUCCCGGGGAGAGCAGCAGCCAAUCCCGCAAGAGUGGGGAAGACCUUGGGGCCUGCAAUGAACUGGGCUUUGAGUCAAGCAGCCAGGCAGGGGGCUUCCCGAGCCCUGGGAAAGAGGCAGAAGCAGCAGAAAACCUCAAGCCCACAGCAGUCAUGGGGGUGACCCUGCAAAACCCCUCUCACGAGACCAGUGAAAGUGGCAGAAGCAAAACCACUGGAGAAAAGCACCCAGAAAAUGGGGGAUGUUGUCGGCUGCAGGAACAAAGGAAAACUAAACAAGAGGAUGAAAAAGCGCUCAGAGUGGCAGACAUGAAGAAGACAUUUGAGAAGCGGAAGCUGGCAGGGGAGAAGGCUGCCCCACCUGCUCGUAAAGAAACAAUGAGACGAGUGGUACGACAGAGCAAGUUUCGGCACGUGUUUGGCCAAGCAGUGAAAAACGACCAGUGUUACGAUGACAUUAGAGUUUCUCGGGUGACGUGGGACAGUUCUUUUUGUGCAGUAAAUCCCAACUUCGUUGCAAUAAUAAUAGAGGCUAGUGGUGGUGGUGCAUUCCUGGUUCUGCCUCUACACAAGACAGGUAGAAUUGACAAAUCCUACCCCACAGUUUGUGGCCAUACGGGACCUGUUCUUGACAUAGAUUGGUGUCCUCACAAUGAUCAAGUCAUCGCCAGUGGCUCAGAAGACUGCACUGUCAUGGUCUGGCAGAUCCCAGAGAAUGGGCUUACGCUGUCCCUGACAGAACCUGUGGUCAUCUUGGAAGGUCAUUCCAAAAGGGUGGGCAUUGUGGCCUGGCACCCCACUGCGCACAAUGUGCUGCUAAGUGCAGGCUGUGAUAAUGCUAUCAUAAUCUGGAAUGUGGGGACAGGUGAGCCCCUCAUAAAUCUGGAUGAAAUGCAUCAAGACAUGAUUUACAACGUGAGCUGGAAUCGGAAUGGGAGCCUCAUCUGCACAGCGUCCAAGGACAAGAAGAUCAGAGUGAUUGACCCCAGGAAACAAGAAAUUGUUGUUGAGAAAGAGAAGGCUCAUGAGGGAGCCCGACCCAUGAGAGCCAUCUUCCUCUCGGAUGGGAACGUCUUCACCACGGGCUUCAGCCGGAUGAGCGAAAGGCAGCUUGCGCUCUGGAACCCUAAAAGCAUGGAAGAGCCUAUUGCCCUCGUUGAAAUGGACACCAGCAAUGGUGUGUUGCUACCCUUCUAUGACCCAGACACCAACAUCAUUUACUUAUGUGGAAAGGGUGACAGCAGCAUUCGCUACUUUGAGAUCACAGAUGAGUCGCCCUACGUGCACUACCUCAACACCUUCAGCAGCAAAGAGCCGCAGAGAGGGAUGGGCUUCAUGCCGAAGAGGGGCUUGGAUGUGAACAAGUGCGAGAUAGCAAGGUUCUUCAAACUGCAUGAGCGAAAGUGCGAGCCCAUUAUCAUGACUGUCCCUCGGAAGUCUGACCUUUUCCAGGAUGAUCUCUAUCCUGACACGGCUGGUCCAGAGGCUUCCCUGGAAGCCGAAGAGUGGUUUGAUGGAAAGAAUGCCGACCCCAUCCUUAUCUCAUUGAAGCAUGGGUACAUUCCUGGCAAAAACAGGGAUCUCAAGGUGGUCAAGAAGAACAUACUAGACAACAAGCUGGCGACAAAUAAGAAAAGUGAUCUCAUCAGUGCCCCCAAAAAAGCAGUGGACGCCUCAGACACUCAAAACGAAGCCAAAUUGGAGGAAAUUUUGAAAGAGCUCAAAUCUCUAAAAGGCACCAUCACCCACCAAGAUGAGCGCAUUUCCAAGUUAGAACAGCAGAUGGCAAAGAUUGCAGUCUGAGAGCCCAGCAGCUGGGUGACCGGGGAGGGAAGGAAGGAAGGAAGCAGAACUCAAGCUGUGAGCCGACUGCAGGAUGGGGGCUGGGGGGGGGGGUCACUGCCAUUUGGGAGGGCGUUCAUUUUCCAAAGCUGCCCCAGCACGACCACCUUGGGCACUUUUUAGUCAAGUCUUUCUCCUCCCAAAUUCACAAGCGCCAGCUGAAGCCAAUUUGAAGCCAAACCUUUUUAGUGAUAAUUUUUAUUUUAUUUCCUGAUGUUCUUGGUGACUGUGUGGCCAUUUCAAAACUGCUGCUGUUGUGACCUGUUUCCUCUCAUUGAUCUGAAAGCCAACCAUUCCACCUCUACAGCGAGGAGCCAAUCUGUCAGACUUCCUAGGAUUCAGGACCAAAAUUAUGUCAUUUUUUAAAGAAAUUCCUUUUUUUAAAAAAAAAACACUUUAAAGUCAUGAUUUCCCCCCUUUUUAUUAUUUUGCAGUAUUUUUGCAUUUUUAAUCUAAAGGAACAUUGCUUUGUGUGUGUAUGUGCCAUUCAGAGAACAAAGGAAUUUUGUGUAAGCCUUUUAAUCAUUGAAGUGGUAGGUCCACUGCCAUGUCUGAAAGAUCCAACCUUGAAAAUAAUUUCAGCUCUCUGACCUCUUACAAAUGCAUCCCAAACACCUGAUAUACAUCAACCUGGAGUGUAGCAACCCAUUCUUCUCCCCUCCCCUCCAAACCAUCACAGGGACUGAAUGCUUUUUCCAGGGCUGAGUAUUGAAAUCUGUGUUGCCAUUAUUCAAAUUUACAUUGUGCUUCUGGUUUAAUCUGAAUAGUGUCAAAACCUGGCAUGUCAUGGUGGUUGCUAAUUUUGGGUCCAUGUUUCCCUUCCAGUAUCUGUUCUAUUUAUCAUCUAUAUAUAAAGUUUUAAGAAUGACAGACAACCAACCACUAAGUUGCACAAGCAGCCGAGUUGCCCUCUGGGAAUAUUCACUAUCCCUGCUCUCCUUUCCAUCCUCUGUGUCUAGAACUUCCAUAGUUGGGUCCUGCCAGGGUUUCCUUGUCCUUGCUACUAAUGUCUUCUGAAAUGAAUCGUGUGUGGGGGUUUUUAAGUACAGUAUCCUGUCCCUUGAGGAUUUUCAGUCCAAAUUUGAUUGUCACAGGAAACCCCCUUGAUCUCGGUGGUGCAGGACAACCACUCCUUGAUUGUCACAAUGCCUUGGAGGCAGACAGGGAGUCAGUCUGAGCGGCUCAGUCAAUGCCUGGGAAGAGCAUUGGCCUGGAGGAACCAGCCCAGGUAGGGAUCCUUUUGGCUCCCUGGAACACCUGAUUGAUCUCUGUUAGGUUGGAAGCUGCACUUGCCACCUCCAGGCUGCCUUUAGUGAAGAUGAAGCCCACAAGCUGCUCCAGUGAGCAAGUUCCAAGGCAUUCACCCCACCAAGAAUCUGCCAUAAUCUCUUGCAACAUCAGCUGCAGCCAAGUUCCAUCGCUAGUAAACAAGAGCUGCAGGAUUCUCCUCCACCCCUCCAAGGCAUUUAUUAGCAUUGGCACAUAAAUAGCCCCUGGCUUAAUUGCUCCAGGGUGGCUGCAGGCUGCUCACAAAGGGCAUGAACCACAGCAGAAGAGGCAACGUCUCUUUUCGUAUGACUUCCUUAGCUGUUUUUGGUUGCGAGAAUCUGAAGUGGGUCUUUCUAGCUUGGGUGGAUGAGGUCUUCCGCCCUUUCUUCUCUCUCCUCCUGCCAUCCCACAGGGAACGUGAGGCUUUUUCAUACCAAACAGGCAUGGUCACAUACUGGGGGCAAAGCUGGAUGCUACUGCCAAACACGCCCAGAGCCAGUCUGCAUCCAUGGCUGGCUGUGUCACCUUCAUGCUUUGUGUUGCAGCACUUUAAAGCAUCACUUCAAGAGGGGACUCUCUGCAGGGAAGUCCGCAGUUUGCUGUGCUGGAUUUGCUUUGGCUAGUCAGGAUUAUUCACACUGUCCCCUCGCCCCCAUGGCUUCCGAGUUUUGCAGGUGUGCUAAAAUCAGCUGGCACCUGGGAAAACCCAGCCUCUUGCAAAAGCGGUGUGGGAUCCAUUUGGAAGGCCCUUUCUUUUAAAAGCUUUUGAGUACUGCAUACUUUUCUUUGUCUUUAUUUAAAACACACACCACACUCUCUACCCACCUGGUCCAAAGAAACUACCUUUAGGCAUGGCGGUCCUGCACAGCUUCACCUGGGAUCAAAAUGUGUCUUUUCUGUCAGUAGUGGAAGAUAGUAUGUCUUAAGGUGGACAUGCCCCCCCCUUGCAUGUUCAAACCUCUCAGAACGAGAAGGUUGUGGUCUGGGGAAGAUAUUUCAUGCCUGGGGUGGGAAAUUAUGCCACGGGGGACAGCUAAGUUAACUCUCGCUGCAAAUGUGUUGAUGGGAUGAUGAAUGUGCAUUGUUGAACAGGAUCAGGUAGUCAGGUGUGUGUGAAAAAAGCACCAGGGCAAUUGUGGCGAAUACUGCGUUGGUGGGAGCCUGUAGUUGAGGCAGUUCUGAGGUAAGUGGAUGUUUGGGGUGUUAUGCACUCGGUGGCUGGUGAGGUGGUGUGAAUUUUCAGAAGGAAUCAGGGAACUCGCUCCCCCGCCCAAGAGUUAUUACCUUGUCCAUCUGUAAAUGUUGCUUCAGUCUUAUGUCCUGGAGGAGAGAUGAGCUUUUUCUUUCCAAACGCCAGGUGUCGUCCCUUUCCCAAUUUCCUACUUCCCUCUGCCCACAGCAGCACUGGCUUUCCUCGGUGCGAUUUUCUCCUUUUAUUUCUGAAGGGAGGGGCGUGGAGAAAGGCCUCCUUGGAUGUGUAGCUUGUGUUUAUUUAAAAGAACUGGUGAUGCCUAACCAGGCUCAGGAGGAGUCAGUGCCUGCAGCUUCUUGCGAGCUGUGACAUUCCCCCCACGAGACCCAGCAAAAGGUAUUCAAGAGAUGCGCUCUUAUAGAGUGCCCAAAGUGUUCUGUCCAAAUAGUUGCUUCCAAUUUCAGAGAUUAAAAAAAACACAUUGAUUACAAAAACCCAAA